GCACUCAUCUGGGUGCUCCUUUCCAUCCAAGCCAAGAGCGACUUCAGUGUGCUCUGAACCGUGGACAUGAGAGUGUGUGCUUGUGUGCUGCGUGAACUAUUUUUCCUGCGUAAAACACUUACCCGUACUGCACCAUCCACGAUGUUCUUUUUGCUUUAUCGGAGGACGAAUUGUUAUCAUCUAAUUGUUUCGUUUCAGAUGUGUGCUGCUACCGCUAGCUGUUCUCCAAACCUCUUCAAUUGUGACACUGUGUGCACAGGCGUUCAAGGUUCAAUUGAUCCUCGAGCACAAAGCCUUCAUACAACACCGCGGUUGAGGCGCGCCAAAUCUGAUGACAUCUUUCCUGAACCAAGCAGGCUGAACACGCGUACCACCACGGGCUCCAGCGCGGUAUGAAGAGGGAAGAAGAAAAGACAGAAUUGGAAACAGCCGCACCAGGCUUCCAACCACCGUGUGUGUAUAUGUAAGUAUGUGAGAACACAUGUGUGAAUCCUCUUGUGGGAACUGCAAAAAGAAGAGAAUAAAGAGUGCGAAGCAGCUAGACUGCCGCAACCAAAUCAAAAGAGUGAAUUCUCAUUUCAAUCCGAAAAACUGGGAGAGAGUGAUGACAUGCGAGAGAGAAUAAAACUAGAAA